AUGGUUUUGAACGAAGCCACACGUCCCAGUUUGCUAGCAAGAAUUGCACAGACACCCGGAAAUACAGAGACAAGUGCAAUCGUUCGGAUCGGCCAGGAAGAGAACGCAUUCGGACUGUGGGUAUCAUACCAGUGGGGCGGGAGUCCUUGUUCUGGCCUAGGACUACACGAAUCUCCAAUCUCCGUUCGAAAGUUCGAUCCCGGGCCAACUCUUUUGCGUCAUCUUACACGUCGCCCGGCUAAAGAGUCAGCUCCGAAAGGACCCUUAGUGUUCACUCGAGAAAUGUCUUACGUCUCCCCCUUCCUCAAUCCAGGACAAUAUGUCACGGAUCUUAACAACCUCUCUUCUGAGAGCAUUGCCAUCGACGAAGCGGUGGCUCGUGCUAUUCACGCACUGGAACAAUUUGAGCCUCGCUGGACUAAAUCCUGCAAGAUUCCAAAGAUGCUGCCAUCCCUCACAGCCUGGUUAAAACGGUUCGAUAAAGUCUUCCUGUCCUUAAUAAACGAUGUCGAAUCUCAACAAGACGCCAAGGAUGUCAUUACCGAGUUUCAGUCCUUCUUAAGUGAGGAGCACCCCACUGGCAAGUAUCAAUUAGAUGGCACCCCUGGGCCAAAGAAGGCAUUCGAAGAAAUCGAGGGCUUGGCUGAUAAAGAGCAAACAUGUGCCGAUGCCCUACAAGACUCGAAUGACUGGCACAAGGCUAUCGCAGUCGAAUCCAGCAUCGGAGAGGACGAGGACGAGCCCUCACCUGGUAGCGACGCAGGAGCCGAGCCGGCCAUCGUCGGCGACCGAGACGACCCAGAUGUCCGCGAUGCCACUGACCACGUUGCCAAGUGGACCAACCUCGGGCCAGACAUCGAGAUGCGGGACGCCGACAAGGGACUCAAGACCAUCGAGCCUGAACAACCUUGCAUCUCCCCAAGGAAGCUCGAACUCAAGCGAUCUUCUACGCGUCGAGGAUCUGAUCGAAACGACGGAAAAGGAGGAGAGCGAACCGACGGAGGAAAGGGAAGGAAGUGA